AUGAAUUACCGCAUGGUGGAGCCGAACUCCAAUCUGGACUUCAUGCUCGCGGACCGCAUGGAGCAGCUGCAGCAGGAGGUGCAGCUCGAGGGGGCCAUCCCUGCGGACAUGCUGGCUCAGUUUGACGAGUGCAUCGCCAAGUCGCCAGCGGAGCGCAAGCGCGAGGACAUCGACUUCCUGGUCGCCAUAUGCAACCGCAUGACCCAGAGGUUCCGCAUGCUGCCGCACGACGUCAUGUCGGAGCUCAUGCGCUUCGCGGCAGCGGACCGGGUCCCCACUGGAGCCUUUCUCCUCGAGCAGGGGGCGAUCGCGAGUAGCACGUACCUCGUUCUCGAGGGCGCACUCGCGCAGGUGGAGCGCGGCGGCGUCCGAGGCGGGUCCACGGCAGCUCGCGCCAUGUUCGAGCGAGCCGAGAUGGACCGGAGCUCGAACCGGUCGUUCCGCAAGAGCCUCGUGGGGGGCGGUGUGGCAGUGGAGAGCAACGCUCGACCGGCGCUCCCGAGCGCUGACGGCGGCGUUCCGCGGCGGCGGAAGUCGUCGUCGAUCUCGGUCUCCCCCGACCACAAGCGCCGCCCGUCGAUUCACAGCGGCGUGGAGCGCCCAUCAACGCCUUCCAAGCCGCGUGUGUCCAGCAAGGAGCGCCGCGUCUCGGUCGCGGAGCACAAGAACACCGAGCACGUCACCGCGCGAGCCAGCGACCACGAGGACGCGGGGGACAACGACAGCAUCCUCGCCGACGACGACCCGCCGGCGGGAGACCACGCCACAGUGCUGCGCACGCAGCCCUCGCUGUCGGACGCCAUCGAGGCGCGGAUGAACGAGGAGGUCGUCACGCGCCUGCACCUGCCUGGGGCUAUGCUCAGCGGGGCCGGCGCGGGCGGGGACGACGACAUGGGCGACGCAACGGACCACGUAGUGGCCGCGUCGCAGGUGGCUCUCACGGAGGUCCGCGUGCUGCGCAUCGACCUCGAGCUGCUCGACCGGCUCAUGACGGAGCACCAGCAGUUCGACCUCGAGCGCAAGAUGCGCGCCGUGGCGUCCGUGCCCAUGAUGGGCGGCCUGCCUGAGUCGGCGAUUCGCGGGAUCGCGGAGUCGGCGCGCACGCUGCGGUUCGGCCCGCGGGCGGUGAUCUGCCGGCAGGGGGACCCGACGGAGUGCGUGUACAUUAUGUUGUCCGGGGAGGCGUCGGUGGUGCGCCGGAUGGCGGUGUCGGAGGUGAAGAGAGGAAUGGCGCCGGGGGGGGGUGCGCACCUGCGUCAGGAGGACCUCCUGGAUAUUGCGCCGGAGCUGUACCCGUUCUACGAGGACAUCGUGAAGGCGCGCCGGCACAAGAAGUACGGCGACACGACGCAGAAGCGCGCGAAGAACCGCUGGAAGGCCGGGAACGAGGGCGUGGUCAACGUUCGAGAGAUGCGCAAACAGAAGACGUUGCUGUUCGACGACACGCGGUCCAUCAUGUCGACGCUGAAGAAGAUGCCCAACGCGCAGUUCCCGAUGGCGCACAAGAGCACCAUCACGAUCGCGCCCACGAUGCACUCGGGCGAGCCCUCUGAGGAGCCCUCGAUGCAGGAGCUGAGCUUGGAGCCGCCGCCGGAGCAGGGGGGGUCUCCGCCGGGCAGCGACACGCCGCAGGGGGGGCGCUUGACGGCCGAGGCGGAGCCGAGCGCGAGCGACGUGCGGUUCGCGGACGAAUCGGAGCAGAAGCCGGCAACCAACGCGGGGCCGUCGUUUGUGCGGGCAGGGCGAUCGGUGAGGUCGACGGUAUCGCGGCUGGACAGCGUGGCGAAGGUGACGGAGCGGAUGCUGCGGGAGAAGGCGGAGCGCGAGAUGGGCGACGUGUACUUGGAGCUGGCGCAGGUGGGCCCGGGGGCGUGUUUCGGCGAGCAGGGGGUGUUGCAACAGAGCACGCGGUCCGCGUCGAUCAUCUGCAACUCCGCCGCGGAGGUGAUGCAGAUCUCACGCCUCGACCUCCUCACGCGCGUCCCGGACAGCGUCAAGGCUGCUCUGCACAACGUCGCGCAGAGCUUCAAGAACAAGGAUGACGGAGUGCUUCUGCGGCACCUGGACGCAAUGCGUUGCUGGAGCGACUUCCGGCGCAGCUGCAUCAAGGACGUGAUGGACGAUAUGAAGCGGAAACGCGACGCCAAGCUCCCGGUGUAUUUCCGACGGUAG